AGCGGGGCGCCCCGGAACCCUCUAAGCGGCGGAGUCGCCCUACGCCGCCGCUAUCGGUGCCCGGCCGGGGGCCGCUCCACCUCCGAGCGUCAUCCCGCCUCCCCGCUGGAUUGGCUGGCGCCGCGGCCGUCGGCCUUUCCAGUAUGGCGGCGCCCGGCGGAGCGGCGAGCUGUGAGGACUUCGCCGAGUUCCAGGAGUUUCUCAGGGUGAUGAGGACGAUCGAUGACAGAAUUGUCCACGAAUUAAACACUACGAUUCCAACUGCUUCCUUUGUGGGGAAGAUUGAUGCCAGCCAGACGUGUAAAGAACUGUACCAGUCUUUGAUGGAUGCUCACACCAGCAGAGAGAAAAUCAUCAAAAACUGCAUCGCUCAGACUUCCAGUGUAGUGAAAACUCUCAGAGAAGAGAGGGAAAAGUCCCAGGAUGAUGUAGCAUUAUUAAAGCAACUCAGGAAAGAGCAGACAAAGUUGAAAUUGAUGCAGUCGGAGCUGAAUGUUGAAGAAGUGGUAAACGACAGAAGCUGGAAGGUAUUUAAUGAACGUUGCCGAAUUCACUACAAGCCUCCGAAGAGUCAAUGAUGUGGGGUAUUUUCCAUCAAGGUGGUCCAUAACUAUCAGAGCCAAACUGGAAAGAGACCUUGGGUGAGCUGUGUUGUGACCCUCCAGAACCAGUAGAACCCAGUCUUGUUUUGUUUUGGACCUACUUAGCUGAAAUUUCAAGAUUGACAUGAUUCUCCUGUAAUUAAGAGAAAACAACUCAUCUUUUGUACAAAAUAUGUGAACAAAUGAAUUUUAUAGUAUUAAAAUAAUUUUCAAAUGGAAUGCGAAACUGGCAUCUUUCUUGCACUUGUACAACUUCAACAGUCCUAGAGGGAAAGAAACAGUAAAAACCAGCUCUGAGCAGGGAGGACAGGGCUCUCCCUGAACUGGUGCAUGUUAAACUAUCAGUGAACAUGGUGUCCUUGUGCAAAUAAUAUGCUAAAAUCUGAAAGGAAAUAAAACAUUGCAGAAUGAUCAGCAAGCGUAGGUUCAGCAGCCCUGAAAGGAAGAAGCUGUCAGCAUUGUUCUGAACUGCUCAACAUUGGCAGCGUUGAUUCAGAGCUGCAUGUGGGUGCAGGUUUGCCAGUGCUCCCACAAUGCUGACAGGCAGCAUCUGUCACAUACUGGCCUUUGGUCUGCAUUACUAAGUUCUGCAGUUUUUCUUUAAAUAGAGAACAUGGUGUCAAUUAAAACCACUUUGGAGUGGAGAUGAAGAUAAGUCUUGUUCAGGAAUGAGGCAGUUUACCAUCCCUCCUUCUGAAAUUAGAAAUUAAUUCCAUAGGUGAAUUGCAUUUGAACUGGGAAAAUAGCUGUGCAUACCUGAUCCUGUUGCUUCUGGCCAUAGUUGUAUAUUUAGAAAGCUUUAAUGCAACACCUCUGCAGUUAAAAGCGGAUAAGUAUGAGGAAAGCAGGAUUGCUGUAAUUAUACCUUGAAGUUUUACUAACUCUUAACUGGCUGACAGUCAAAUAACAAGGUCUCCUUGGUUGCCAGCUGGUUUUAUUACUUAUCCCUAAGUCUUUAAGAACCCUUGAACUUGAAGAGAGUCUUAAAAAUACAGUCAUCAUCUUGCGAAUGCUUUGGAAUUCAGUAACUACCAAAAUUACUGUAUACUCUCACUUCCCUAAAAGCUGUGCAUACAUGGGGUGAUCGCAAGUAAACGUAGGAAUGUACCUGUGUUACUGGAAAGCUGGCAAAAAUCUGUGCAGCAUCACCUGGUUUAUAGUUGUUUGCCCAGAAGAGA